AAAGCUUGACUGAUGUGGAGGGUAAAGUCUAUCUGAAACGCUUGAUCCGAUUCAUUGAAAAAGAAUAUAAACAGACUAUAAAAAAUCGUGAAAGAAUGGUUACAAGUAAAGCAGUUUCAUAUGAAAUGUUAUGGGUAUUCUAUACUGAAAAUUUGGACAUAUGGUAUCGCUGUGCGAUGUCUGGUCAGCAGGUUGGAGGCAUUAUUACCUCGACUCAACAAUUUGAACACCCGCAAUAUUGUUUUAGAGUAUAUAUUGAUGUGAUAGAAUAUGAUGGUGUUGGAUUUAAACAUUGCAAAUUAGAGCGCGAUAUUGACAAGUUUGACGGUGAAGUGAGCUUUUCCGAUUUGCCUGUUGUCCCAUUUGAACAUUCCACUGCUCAAGACUUCCUCAAGGAAAGCAUAAUUGCAAACGGAAAACAGUUUUUUGAGCUGUCCUCAGGACACCACUUUAUGAGUUAUGAGGGUCCGUUGGUGCGCGAGAGAAACUUGCGAAUAGAGAAAUUUAAAGCUGAUGGCCGUGUAAUGAUUGAUCUCCAAAGUUUUGCUACUAUGAAUCCCGAUUAUAAUAUGGGAAAUUCUAAACCGCCAAAUAAGUGCGAUGUUAAGAUGCUCAAAGAAAAGAAUACUUAUAUUAAAACGAAUGAACUUCAUAAGGAUUCUAAUUAUUUUCUUGCAUCUGCUUUAGUAUAUGGAUUUAGUUUUAGUGUGAAGGAAUGGGGCUUGUUUGAAGUUUCUAAAUUUUCCGAUAUUGUAUUUGAUAUUGAUGCCCUUGAUCAUGUUGUAAUGGCUCAAAAUAAAAAAAAAAUGCUCGAAGGGUUAGUGAGUCAAUCUGGUGAUCCAAUACGAAAUAUUAAUGAUCAACUUGAUAAUAGUCUAGAUCAAUCUAUGAAAUCUUUAGAUCCUAUUGCAAAUAAGGGUAAUGGCUGUAUUUUUCUAUGUUAUGGACCACCUGGUACUGGGAAAACUUUAACUGCUCAAAGCGUUGCAGAAUAUCUAAGAUUACCACUAUGGGUACUCACUGUACGUGAACUUGGAUCAUCUCCCGAAUC